AGGAGUGGAAGUUUCCGCCGGGCUCGGAGAAAGAGGAUCCCACCUGCCGGGUGUGUGUGAACUUACUCCCCACUUUUCUUCGUCCAGUUAUUCGGCGGCCGCGGAUUUUGCGCUCCUUUGGACCAGACGUUCGCAAGCCGAGCAGGCGACUCUCCAGACGGGGUUUGGAAGCAGCCCGGAGACUCAAGAGCAGCAUAAGAAACUCCUGGAGGAACAGGAAGAGCAUGGAUGUUUUGGGAGACAUAGAGCCCACACAGUUUCCCCUUCCAAAGCACAUCUUGGAAGUGUGGGUCAUUGUCCUGAUCAUCCUGGUCACCAUCAUUGUCAUGACAUCCCUGCUCUUGUGCCCGGCGACAGCAGUGAUCAUUUACAGAGUCCGGACACACCCGAUACAUAAUGGAGCCGUGUGAAACUUGCUUCCAUGUCACUAUGUUUGGCUUUGCUUUUGAGAAACACGGGAUAAAAAAGGAUUACAGGGAAACUGUCAGUUUAUCAGGCUUUCUCUGACACCAGGCCAAGCUCUGAGGAGACAAUGGAGGCAUGCCAACAAGAAUAUGACAGCAGCACAGAGACUAUGAUCAUGUGAUGAGGACGUCACAUGUCACCAGAAGUGCCCCAGAAGCCUGGCUGCACAAUACAAACUGUGUCCCUAAUGCUCCACAUCCAGGACUUUAUCUCCCGUUAUGGAAUCAAGUUGGCUGGUUCAGGAUUCCAGAUGGUUCUUGUUUUGGAUUUUUGGUGUGUCCUUUCAUUUGAAAAAUGGUUCUUCAUGUUUACUGGGCAAGCUGUUCCAAAGGACUAAGGAAUUGGCAAAAACAGAUGUCAGAAAGGAAUAAUGAAAUGUAAUCCCAAAAAAACCCUUCUAUGUACAUUCCAGAUGUGGAAACACAACCUGUUUUAUCUAUCCCCUUCAAAUUGAGACAUAGAUAUAGACAUAUUCGGUAAAAACCAUGUGGGGGAAAGCUUUGAUUGCUCCCAGCUGGAAUGUUGGUCAUUCUCUCUUCCCUCCAAGAUCCCUCUAAUCCAAACAGCAGCAGCCGAAAAAGGAUUGGGGGGGGGGUAGAAAUGAGAUGUAGGUAGAUAAGUGAAGUUUGUGGUAUACAGUUACAAAAUGAUAUACUCAUCAUUAAACAUCUAUUUUUAAGGAACCUAAUAAAAUCUAAUACAAAAAAAAAACAGAGGAGGGGAGAAUGAGAUUUGAACAAAGUAAUUUGCUGUCAGGGAACAGUUUAGAAUAAGGUUACCAGGUUUUUCCCAAUGAAUCUGGGGACACUUUUCAACUUCAAUAGGAAUGAUAGGAUUUUGUCAGGGGACUGGUUUGUAAAUCCGGGGACUGUCCCCGAGAAACGGGGACGUCUGGUAACCUUAGUUUAGAAUGUGGCAAUGAAAAAGUGGAGCAAAAGAGACUUUCUUUUGCUGCUGGGUUUGUGAAACUGUGUGCAUCUUGCAAUUCUGUGAAUGGGAUGGGAGGGCCUUUCCUAGUUGUACUGAAGGAAUGGCAACUAGGGCAUAAACUUGUAAAGACUGGGGAUCUUUGCAGCUGUGAUGUGAUAAAAGUAGUUUGGCUGUUCCAUCCAUCCCCCUGUUUCGCACGCACCCCCAGGCAACUGUCCAUUAAUGUGUUCCCUUUCUACUAAUGAGGUUACUAGACGUUUAUUUCUGCCUGACAACAGUGAACAUAUAAUUGGCAUGAGCAUGCAACAAUUUAUUGUAGUUCCUGCAUGAUUCAUUUCCCUUCUCUCGUGGCUACUGCUGGCCUCUGCUGCUGUGUCUUUUCUUGACAGUCAUCUGUUCCCUCAUACAGCAGAACUGGCAACUCCUAGUCCAAAGAGGGCUCUUGGGCUUUCACUGUCUGCACACCAGGGAAAGGUUCAGCAGCUGCUAUGUGGUGUUGAAGGAAGGCUCAAGAUCGGCCAGACCUCUCCCUUCUGCUCAACCACAAGUGGCACUGCAACAUCCUGCCAGGCCAGGUGUUAGGAGAUGUUGUCCGUUCGUAGUUCAGAUCUGGAAAUAGUCUACUUAUAAAUCUGUUUUUAUGGAAAGAAACACUCCACCCUGUGAAAAAUGGUUUCAGAGGUUUAAGUAGAAUUUGUUUGUGUAUUGUACAUAAAAGUCGAUUCAUUUCCAUUAAUUGUAUCAGCAGUAAACUCCUCCUGAAACUGUGAUAUUGUGGCAAAUCCAUGUAAUAAACGUUUGUUAUUUUAUUUUA